AUGCAUCGGGACUCUAAAGGCGAGAGCAUCUACCUUGCCGAGCCGGAUAAGCAUUUUCCUGAGCUCAGCGUCGGCCAGACCCUCAGCUUUGCGGCAUCUACAAGAGAGACUGACAAAAAUAGUACCGCUGUAUCGCAAGCAACGGGACGAGAAGUUUCAGUUUUGUUCGAAUUUCCGAACGCUUUCGACACUAAAAUGGGAAAUGACUUAAUCCGUGGCGUCAGUGAGGGAGAAACUAGAAGGACAAGCAUUGCAGAAGCACUUCUCAGCCGUGCUCAAUUCCAAUGCUGGGAAUAUAGUGCUCGUGGUCUAGAUAGUUUUACUGCCCAGAAAUUCAUCACACUGCUAAAGAAAUCAACGAAAGCUUUGCGGUCAACUGUGGUCAUGAGGAUCUACCAAAGGUCGAACGCAAUGUAUCAUAGCUUUGACAAGGUUACAGUACUGUACGAAGGCCGUCAGAUUUACUUUGGCCCUGUCGACUCAGCUACCGACUAUUUUCAUAAGCUUGGAUUUGCAAAAGAUAACAGAGCGACAACUCCUGAUUUCCUUACCUCUCUCACGAGCCCGGCUGAACGUAUUGUCCGACAAGGCUUCGAAGGUCAAACACCGAGGUCACUGGAGGACAAUCGCUCGGCCACUUACCCGAUUCCAAUCAGCCAGCAGAUUCUGAUCUGUCUUCCGAGAGGUCUACUACUUCUACGCAACAACUACAUUCCUGCAGUUUCAACCGUCUUCGCGAACGCGAUUCUUGCUAUCGUUGUCGAUAGCGUGUUUCACGAUCUUCCAGAUACAAGAAACCUUGGGCUCCCUAUCAAGAACAUUAGAAUAGACUAUGACACCCACAUCCGUCAUAGUUCUCAAGGAUCGAGAAUUAGCUGUUCAUCCACAACCCCUACCGGGCCGGGAUACUCUAAACAGGCUGGUAUGGGUGGCAAGAUCUGUCCAGUCGUGGGAGCAAAGUCUGGAGAGUCUAAUAUACAAGGGUCAUCAUAUCUGCUUCUAAAAUAUGGAUACGAGCCGAGCCAUCUUUGGAUGAAUUUCGGCAUCAUUACUGCUUUGAUGAUAAUAUUCUGCGCAAUCCAUCUACUAGCUACAGAGUACAUUCUAGCACAGAGAUGGAGGGGGGAGCUGCUGCUCUUUCACCGUGGUCAUGGCAAGAAGCAGUCGCAACGCGUACUUGACGCCGAGAAUCGCGAUGUCUCGCCAAUAUUUGCUCAGGACAUCGAGAACCAAGGCAUCACUGGAGCCGGAAAAACAACAUUGCUCGACGUAUUAGCAAACCCAGCAAGUUUCGGAACAGCCAGUGGCGAAAUUUGA